AUGCCGCCCCCCUCCUCCGCGGAACGCCUCGCCGCCCACUGGGUCGCUGAUGCCCUCGCUGCCGAUGAGGCCAUCGAUUUCUCCGUAAUAAAGAGUAAGCUACAAGCCUUGAUCGCAUCGGUUCUCCUUCACUCCUUCGUUCUCUCACCUAGGGUUCCUGAUGCUCCGCCAGCGCUGGUGGACCUCUCGCCUGAGUACCUCAUCGGCGCCCCAGAUUCCGUGCGGGAGCGGCUAGCGCUCCGGGGCGUCGAGGAGCUUGCAACCUUCGCAGAUGUCGACGAAGGUGGUGCUGCGGUGGCGCCACCGCCUUCCAAGAUUCUUAGGGUUGAUGCCGUCCGCUCUUGCGAGGACUUGCUGGUUGAGCUCACCGGGCAGGUUGGAAGCUCUGUAAUUCGGGAUAUAAUUCUGCCUUUUAGACAAGAUAUUCAAAACUUUAUUUGUAUCAAGAAACCUACACUACCAGAAUCUUCUUUGGAAUUGCUCAGAGAAGUGGACCCAGAGAUCCAAUCUAUGGCUGCAUCAUCAUCAGUGGAGCAGAAUGGUAUCAAGAAACACGACAAUCAUCAAUCCUUAUGCAAUGUCCACCAUCUUAACUCAAAUAUUGAUACACCUAGGCCCCCUAUUGCCAGUACUGAGCUUCAGCCUGGGAAUUUAACAAAUUUAGUCAACAACCUUGAAAAAGACAGAAGGUUCUACAAUCAACCACGGGAAUAUGCUAUAAAUGCUGCUAGUGUUGGCACAAGGGCUUUAGAAAAGGAUCCUUCUAAUGUGGACAGUAACAUGUCAGGUUCUUCUACUAGCUGCAAUGCGACUUUGCAGGGAAACAUUGCAGAACCCUUAUCAAAGAAGAGUAUGGUAGAUGAAACUACUGUGGUUCAAGCACAACCUUGUAAAGGAAAAUCACCAAAUCCACCAGAUUAUAAUAAUGUGAUAAAGAGACCAAAUGAUGAUGGCAUCACUUAUCAAUCAUCGAAGGAUCCCAGACAUGAAAGCAAAAGCUUGCAGGCUACGAUGACUCCAGCUUUUGACAGAAGCAAUGAUGUUUUACCAACCAAUAUACCUGAAGCAAGCGACUUGCCUGAGCCUAUUGCUACAGAGGAUAUAACAAUGGUUCAACAGCUGCAUAGCUGCAAAACUCACCUCAAUCAUCUGCAGCAUGACAGUGGUCAGAAGGUAAACCAAGACCUGGAUGGCACCGUCAGCAUUCAGCCUGUUGAAAAGUAUUCCAUUCAUGAGGAAUCAACUCUGCGGGCUACUAGCGUUAUACCCUCUGUAAGCUGCAAUGGUGCUAUGCAAGAAGACAAAUCUAAAACCAACUAUCCAUCAGGCAAUAGUACUGAACAUCCUGCAAUUUUUGAAGAGCAGAACUGUGACAAGUCUCAACUGGAAGUUAGUAGUACCGACAAAAACAAACACUCUCUGCAUGAUGAUGCCACCAUGUUGGGAAAGAACAAGGUCGUCUGUGGUGGUCUGAAUGUGCAGGGUGCUCCAGAGUCUCAUAGCUGCAAUCUAAUUUUGCAUGAUAAGAUUUCAGAAGCCCACUGUUUAUCUGAUCAGAACAUUGGAAAGAGCACAAAUGACAUCCAGAAACUUUCAAUCUCUUGUCAGGAUGGAUACAGAAAAACAGCAAAACAAGAUUCAAACAAGCAAACCAUUGGGAAAACUGCUGCAGAAACAUCACAUGCCCAUUCCUCAGAUGAUAGUAUCAGUGGAUUUGCUGCUGCUUGUCUGCUGUCAAUGAGUGGCAAAAUUCCAGUAUGCAGCCAGGAUCAAGAAACCAAUGAUUCCCUCAGGGUCUCACCAGAACAAGAUUUAUGCAGAAAAUGUGGAAAAGGUGGCCAGCUGCUUCAAUGUAGCAGCUGCUUGUUAUCUGCUCAUGACAGCUGUUUUGGUUCAUCAUUGACAUUUGAAGACCCUGGACAGUUAUAUUGCCCAGUAUGCAUCUGUGCUAAAGCCACUGAAGAAUACAAAAAAGCAAAGAAAUCAUAUAUUGAAGCUAGGAAGAGCCUAUCUGCUUUCCUUGGUGCAGAGCAAUUGCUCAAGCAACACGAGCAGCAAACUAGACUGCUUCCAAGAGCCGUCUACAGCGAGGGCCAAUUGAAUGGACAUAAUAACUCAUCAAAAAAGCAAACUAGCGUCAGUGAAACCACAGUUGAUGACCUUGCUCAUCAGGGUGAAGAGUCUAAUCGGCAGCGGAAGAAACAGAAAAUAAAUGUUACAAGUGAUGCUUGUAAUGAGGUAGUCAUUGAAAAGGCAUCUUCUGUUGGGAAUUCUGAUGUGGCACCCAUGAAUGCUUCUGUGCUCCAGAACAAAAGCAAUCAACUUCAGGAUGCAGAACAAGACCAUGUGGAAAACACAGAGGCUCAUGAGGGAAGUUCAUCUCAGAACAGAUGCAGUCCUGCGGCAAAUCCAGAAGUUGAGACUGACAAAGAGGAUGGCCCCACACAUUCUCAUAACCAGUCUAAAGACUGA